AUGUCACUCACUACCGGAACGGCAGAUAUGGACAAGGAUAUUGAGAUCAGAAAAGAGCCUGUUGGCCUGAUUGCCACGGCGUCUAUUGACGACAUCAACGCCGAGGCACGUGCUGCCACCGACAAAGAGCAUGGACAUUCUUUCUGGGAAGCUGCAAGGCUGUACCCAGCGGCUGUCGGGUGGUCUCUUUUCUUCUCAAUUGGCGUUAUAAUGUGUGCCUUUGAUCCACAACUUUUGGGCCAGCUCUAUGCGACGCCAGCGUUUCAGCGCGAUUUUGGGUAUCUCUAUGAAGGAAGCUAUAUCGUCUCGGCUCCAUGGCAAACUGGCCUGAGCAUGGGUUCUCCUAUCGGCCAAGUCGUGGGAGCCUUCUUCGCGGCUAUACCAAUGGAGCUCUUUGGACGCAAGAAGACCUUUGGAGCUUGUGUCAUUCUCACCACUGGUUUCGUCUUUAUCCAGUUCUUUGCGAGAUCACUUCCUGUCCUUCUUGCCGGUGAACUCCUUGGAGGGUUGGUCUUGGGAAGCUAUGCUGUUAUCGCCCCAGCGUACGCUUCGGAGGUUUGCCCUCUAGCCCUCAGAGGUGUUCUUACGUCCUGCACGAACAUCUGCUUCGUGACAGGCCAGUUGAUUGCAAAUGGUGUCAUCGCUGGAACCCAUGUGCUCGACAGUCAUUGGGCCUAUAGUGCGCCAUUUGCCAUCCAAUGGCUUUGGCCACUAGUUAUUCUGAUUGGUUUGCCGUUUGCUCCUGAAAGUCCUUGGUGGCUGCAACGACAAGGUCGAUUCGAGGAUGCUGAGAAGGCUCUCAAGCGACUGGCCUCGCCAAAGGUCGAUGUUCGACCGACACUGGCCAUGAUCAUCGAGACCGAUCGAUUGGAGAGGGAAAUUGAGGCGGGAUCCACUUACUGGGAUUGUUUCAAAAAGGUCAACAUUCGCCGAACAGAGAUUGCCGUUGGUGUCUACACCAUCCAAGUCCUUUCCGGCAUCUAUCUUGUGGGAUAUGCCACUUACUUCUUCACCCUUGCUGGCCUGCCCUCCGACCAAGCGUUCAACAUGGGCGUCGGCUUCCUCGCAAUCGGCUUCGUUGGCACCUGUCUCUCCUGGAUAUUGCUGAUUUACUUUGGUCGGCGAACAAUCUACAACACGGGCCUCGCUCUACUGGCAGUGCUGCAAAUCAUCAUCGGAAUCCUCGACUGCGCGCCCAAUUACGAUAACAGGCCGUCCAUUUCUUGGGCGCAAAGUGUCCUGAUGCUGAUCUGGAACUUCAUCUACGACCUGUCCAUCGGACCUGUGUGCUUCGUCCUGCUCUGCGAAGUCUCGGCCACUCGGGUCCGCGGAAAAACCAUCGCAAUCGCCACGGCCGUUCAGGCAACCGCGGGCAUCGUCAUGACCGUGGCCAUUCCCUACAUGAUCAACCCCGACCAAGCGGACAUGCGAGGAAAGCUUGGCUUCUUCUUUGGCGGACUUGCAGCGCUGUGUUUGACUUGGUCGUACUUCCGAGUCCCUGAAUUGUGA